AGGACAGUCUGGCUAGGGACGGCAGGAUGAUAGACGCGCGACAGAGACACCUCACGAAAACAGGGCGGGGAAAGAAAGAAGAAGACGACAAAGCAAGUCAACCGAAGAAGGAGUAUAAGUGUGAGCUGUGCGGGAAGUCGUUUGAUCGGCUCCGGAUCCGAUCCAGUCACAUGAAGAGUUGCCGAGAGAAGGGAGACCGCGCCAGCGAGGUGUGGAAUAAACGGCACCGGGGGAAGGGCCGGGGAAGGAAAGGGAAGAAAACCAUGAAAGUCCGCGAACUACUCAGCGAACUGAUGGAGGCCAAGAAACAUGGUGCUGUGGAUUUCUCAAAACAAGAACUGGAAAUAGCUGUUAGAGUUGAAGUAGACAGCAAGGAAGAAAGCCACCCAAAGACAGAACAUUCCUCACAAGAGAAAAGCACUAAACACAUUGAAGAAGAGGGCAACGUGCAAAGAGUCAAGGGAAAUAUGCCAGAUAAAGAUACCCAUGUACAAGGUAAUGCAGUAUUAGACAUCAGUGAACAGGGUAACCCGCACAGAGACGUUAUCGGCCAAGGUAAAGAACAAAGCACGAUGGCGGCAACGUUAGAAAAAGGGAACAAAAAUAGCUCUGAUGAAAAAAUGUGUGAGACGACAAUAGGAAUUUCCAAGGAGAGUGAAGUGUGUAACAAAACAGCAAUUUCUUUGAAUCAAACAAAAGAAUGUGAGAAACCACCGAAAGAGCAAGAUGAGAUGGGAGAGUGGAGGCUUGCUGGUAAACUACCUCUGCAGCAAAAGAAUAGGAAGCUUCUCCUUGGUAAAAGCGGGCUCGCUUGUCCCUUCUGUCAGGCCAAGUUCUCCUGUAAGCAGCGUUACCAGGCGCAUCUCGACAGCCACUCCAUUCCCACGCGCCCCCCCUCCCCGUUCACCUGCACUAAGUGCUCCGCUCCAUUCCAAAGCAGGAAAGACUUGAAGAUCCACAGCAAGAUCCACACUCGUGACGGCGAGCACGAUUGCAAGGUGUGCGGGGCCAAGUUCCGACAGGGGGGGUCGCGUGACAGGCACCUCCGUAAGAUCCACCCGGAGGUCGCACAACAGACGAAGCUGGUUAAUAUGGAGUGUGAGAGACGCCGGAAAGCUAACCUGUACAAUCAGUGGACCAAGGCGACCUCGUGUUACCUGUGUGGGAAGCCUGUGGCAGAUAUCGAUGAGUAUAAGAUCCACAUGAAGGAACACCGCGAUAUGAAGAGGGACGUGGAAAGCCGUCCGUACCAGUGCCUUGUUUGCCAAGCGCGUUACCGGGACGUGAAAACCAUCCAGUUGCACAUGAGGAAUCAUACGGGGAGGGAGUGGGAGUGGAGGCAUCUGUCCAACACUCAAAACGCUGCCGGCAAUUCAUCAAAUCCAUCAACGGUUCAGCCAGUAGUGGAGAAAACAGUGGAGGAGAGAGAAAAAGAUGAAGACAAGCUCUGGCAGGAUCUGGAGAAAGUUGUGGGGUUGGAUCUGACGCAAGAGCUGAAGAAACACGACCUUUUCAAGCCACAGCCGAAAGAAAACAACCACAAGGUAGCCCAGGCGUCACCAAACACAAAACCUGUACAAACUCAGUCAUCUUUGAAAGAAAUCAUGGUCAACAUAAACCAACCAAUCAACCCCCCUCGUUCUGACAGUACUGAUGUGCAAGUACGAGAAAACGACAGUGUGGAAAAACCUAAGGUUGCAUCGCCUGUUGUAAUGAAAGAAGAGGGUCUUCAGAGAAGACAGAAAAAAAGAAAGCAGCUGCACAACAUUAUAGCCAACUUGAAACACGCACAAGUCAAGUCGGGGCAGGAGGGAGUGAGGCCAUCCACGGAACAGCAUGCUGAAGAAUCGAUUGGUAAAAAAGAGAGGGAGAAUGUUCAAAUAAAGGAAGAGCCAUUAGAACAUGUGACAGAAGCUACUCCAAAUAAGGUGUCGGACAACACAGAAGACCCUGAAGAUGCCGUGACGAUGACGCAGCAUGGGGUGGAUGUGCCAACUGACACUGAACCAAAUAUUUCUUCCUUCCAUCUUCCGAUUGAAAAGACGGAAAAUUCUGUCCCUACUAUGAACACCGAGUAUUUUGUGUCAAACACCAGUCCUGUGCCAAAACCUAUGGAAUUUGAUGAGGAAUUGGAAAAUUUAGAUACUACCCUAAAAGCUGCUAUAGAUUUGAGCAAGGCCCUCGUGCCUGUCAGUGAAGUUGACCUGAAUGAUGUCAGGAGUAGUGAAAGUAGUACAAGUAGUGCCAAGGAAGUCACAUCUGUAGGAGGUAGUACAGAGGUGAAAGCAGAGUCAGAGUGUGACAAGGGACCAAAUGAGCACAAAGAGGACUCGGGGACAAUGAAAAGUGUGAUGUCUGAGGCAGCUGCCAGUAGAAAUGAGGCAGGGGGGAGGGGCAAGAGAGGUGGAAGAGGGAGGAAGACCCAGGGGAGAAGGGGUCGAAGGACAGGCAGAAACAAAAGUGUUGAGAAAGAAACAGAUUCUUCUGUCGCUUCUGAUAGCUCAGCCCCUGAAAAACCAACAAGAGGCAAAAGGAGAGCGUCUACAUCACGGGGAGGUCCUGGAAAACGGCAAAGACGCUCGCCAAGGACCCCAGUGAAAAGGAAGGAACCCAGAGAAGUGACCUUGACCAAGAAAGACCACAAAAAGUCUCUCAAGAAGAGCCCAAUUUUGUUAGACUUGUUGGGGAAGUCAAACGACAGUUUGAAAACCGUUGACAAUGUAAUAUGCACAGCCAACUCACCAACGGAAAACAGUCAUGCCGAAGGUAGUGUAACUGUCAAUGCCGACGUAGGAACGAAUACAGAAAUAGCAAACAAGGUUGUCACCAUCGAGGGUGUCUGUAACGCAGGACAGACCGUUGCAGACCAGACAGCAGGUCCACACGUCCACCAGAAGAACUGUAGCUGUUGUGACAAGUCGCGCCAGACCAUCCUGGUGGGUAAGGAGCUCCACCUGGCCUUCCCAAACAAGGUGAACAUGCGUGCCAUGGUGGAUCAGCGACCGUUCUACUGUAACAUCUGCGGCGCCCGGUACAGCGAAGAGGCGACGUUACGCAUGCACAUGAGGCUCCACCCACCGAGCUCCCGGCCCAUGCUUCCGCUACAGAGGAACGAGGAGGGACAGUUCGUCUGUGCCGUGUGUGGGGGCAGGUUUGACGAGAAGGAUGAACUGGUUCGACAUUCCAGGAUACACCCCCUGCUGUAUUAGUGAUACUCCCCUUCUUGGGCUGUCGUGACUCCUGUCGAGUAGGGACAGUUAAUCUGUGUCAUGUGU